AUGGUAGUCGUCUCUGUCACCGACCAUACACAAGGAGACCUCACAAAGAAGUAUGCCGGCAUGGAGAUCGAUUGGGCUGCCGCAGAUAAGCACCUGCUCGACUGGAGUUCAUACUUUCUAAAAGGCAAUGCCCUUCGUGUCACCCUCACGUUCAAAUUCGUGGCACCGAAUCCCAAUUCAGUUCACCGCCCUGUCACGCCACGAGGUGACGGAGGAAGAAAUGUAUCAGCUGGCGGUCGCACGCCGUCGCCACGAAGCCCUAAGAGCUCCACAGCGCCAGAACAGCGGGGACGACCGCCGUUCUUGUAUGAUCUGUGCACGUUUGCGCGCUGCCCGACGUCUUGCGCAUUGGGCCCUUACUGCUUGGUGAACUCGAAGGGGAUUCAUCAUCCAGUGACUCCGGAGUCCUUCAAACUGCUCGAAGCGCAUGCUACCCACUACGGGAUGCCGGCCACUUUUAUCGAUCUGCCUCUAGACCUCCAGCGGCAAUUGGUUAUGGACCGUCAAGCGCGGGUAUUGAACACAGUGCCUACUAUGCCCGUCAAAAUCGGCGACAUGGCGACUGCUCAGCUUCCCCAGGCUCAACCGAUGGGAGUCCACGUCGGACAAGACCACUCAAUUCUUCGUCGUCAGUCUGACGGCGACGUACCCCAGAGGAGGGAUUUGGCGGGUCCUCAGGGCGAUGCUUCAAUCCUCCGUCGUCAGUCGGACGGCGCUGUACUCCAAAGGAAGGAUGUGACGGGUGUCCAUCAUGAUGCGUCAACUUCUCGUUGUCAGCCAGACAGCACUGGACCCAAGCAGAGGGAACCGACGGCUGUUCACGACGCCACUGUGCAGUCCCCGCAGACGAAGUUGGCGGGUGUUACUGAUACUGCGAUGCGAGGCCAGCAGACGGAGCCGGCAGUGCUUCACGACGAUGAGUUGAGAGACUACGAUACAUGGCAGCAGUCAAGGGUUCGGGCGCCUUGGCUCAAAGCUGAGUUCGCCAAAGCUUUCAAUGUGGCGGUGCGGAAUGGGCUCUCCCUUGAUCUCUUGUACGAAAAUCCCGAUCCACGUAUCUUCAUUGAUCAGGAGGUGCAUGAAGGUGUUGCCUGUUAUUUCUGUCGACGAAAGGACAUUGACAAGUUCAGGGAUCGUAAGAGACGUCUCCCAGGGGACACGGGCGUGGGCGAAGACCAGACUUGA